UGUACUUCCAUCACCUGUAGACAGAUUUCAGGGUACGAACCCUGCAAAAUCAAGGCCUUAUCGCUGCCCGUCUUUCUUCCUUGACCCUAACCGUCUCACCUUUGUCCCACCAUGAACCGCAAUAACAACAAUUACUACGAUGGUCCUCCUCAAGGAGGCUAUGACCAACCUAUGAAUCCACAAGUCAACGUAUACGUCGAUGGCAACAACGGCCGGGGUUACAAUCCUGGAUACGGGCCUGGAUAUGGGCCAGGUUAUGGUCCCACCAUGGGCAUGAGAGGUAUGAGAGGCGUGGUAUGCAACAUGUGUGGUCAUCGUCGGUGUCGGUGCAACAGCUUUGGUGGAGGUCUUGGUGGAGGUCUUGGUGGAGGCUUCGGUAGGGGCUUCGGUGGUCCCGGAAUGUAUGGUGGCAGGCGACAGGGCCUUUUGGGCACCCUUGUUGGCGGCGCCAUGGGCAUGUAUAGUGACCGAGCCGAUCGAAAGCAUGAAGAACGUCAGAUGGCAGCGCAGAGACGGAUGGAGGAAGAUAUGCGGCAUGACUCUCGUGAGCGGGGAUUGGACCCUGGCAAUAUGCAAUACCAGAAUCAGGGACAAAAUCGGUCAAGGAGUGCAAUGCGUGACGAGGAACGAAAUAGGGAAAGGCAAAGCCCAUUCAGGCGCCAAAGCAUGGAUGCUGCGAGAGGGCAUAGUGAGGAUGAAUCUGAAGGGGAGGCUCGUGAACACCCACGGGAUCAAAAGCGUGGGAGAAGCAGGGACGAUGGCAGGGAUAGCAGGAGAGCUGAGCAAUGGGAUGAAGAGUUGCCAAGUUAUCAGAGUGCAACGAGAAGGUAGACCAAUUGUGGGAGUAUCAGGUAUACCCUAUUGAGUCUUCUGA